CCAAGCUAGCUAAUGGUUAUUCAACGGAGAACGCGAUUAAUACCAUGUUGCUUUUGAGCAUGUGGACAAUUAACUCGGGCAACAUGAAGAAUGAACAAAACAUCCUGCGAUACAGUAUGAUUUGGUUGAUGGCUGUUGUUUGCCUGCUGUACACACAGCCGUGUUUUGCUGGCGCUCCGGUGUUCACCAAUCUGCCGGCUGUGUCGAUUCCACUACGUGAGGACAUCCGGGUACAAACGUCCUUCUAUGAGGUCACAGCCAGUGACCCGGAUGGAGAUCGCCUUCAGUACAACAUUGUAGGUCCACAAGGCGCACCAUUUGUGAUCGAUCCAAUCUCGGGCAUCGUGUCUGUUCGCGCGAACCCAGGGUUGGAUUUUGAGUCUCUCAAACAGUAUCAGCUACAGAUUAGUGUGAAUGACAGCAUUCAAUCAAUAACCAGUACCCUGGACGUUCAUAUAGAAGACGUCGACGAAGCACCAGUUUUCGUCACUCUUCCAGCAUCAUUUUCCCUUCCUGAAGAUUACAACAAAGUAGUUGCACUAUGGAAUGUAACAGCUACUGACCCGGAACAUGAAUAUGUGACCUACACAUUGGUAUCGCCUUUAGGAGCUCCAUUUGAUGUUUCUCCGCGAGGUAUAUUAUCGAUUCGAGCGGACCCCAAUUUCAAUUUUGAAACGCGACGUCAGUUUACGCUGACGAUUGCCGCUACUGACGGAACGCUGUCUACGCUGUCGACGUUUACCGUCAACAUCACUGACGUCAACGAGCCUCCGCAAAUACUGAACAUGGGGGAUGAAAUAACAGUACCAAAGGACACGGCGGGAAGUAUCUUUAAAGUGAAUGCCAUUGAUGAAGACAACGACAAACUGACGUACUCAUUUGUCACCUACCCGAAUACAACUGACGCAAACCUCUUCAGCAUCAACCGUAACACAGGUGAGCUUAUUGUACACAACCCCCCGGGACUGAACCCUAACGAGGAGAACUUGUACGAGGUUCACAUAACGGUCACAGACUCUGCCGGCCACAACACCACGGGGAUCCUGUACGUGAAAGUUGUGAGUUACAUGGGGUUUCCAGAAAUAUGGAAUCUUCCCAACAAAAAGGUCCUGUUCGAAAACCGCACCGAGUCCGCCAUGAUAUUCGCUCCCCGGACUAUAGACCUGACCCAGGGCGGGAAGCUCUCUUACCAUAUGAAGGCUUACCCACCUGACGGGAAAUUCACCAUAGAUCCUAACACGGGUUACGUAUGGGUACGGGAAAAUCCAGGCUUCGACUACGAGAAAAAUUACAAAUACGAUCUGGAGAUAACGGUCAGUAACGGGGUGGCCUCUAGUACCCCCCAUCAGCUGCACGUGCGAAUUGUGGAUAUGAAUGAGAAGCCGUACAUUACUGAUGUCCAGACGGUCUUCACAGUGCAAGAGAAUACUCCGACGCCAGAAGUUAUACACAAAGUGAGUGCCAAAGACCCGGAACGGCAGACGAUAACGUUUAAUUUGAAAGUGGAGCCUCCAGAAGGACAGGACAAGUUUGCCAUCAACCCUCUAAAAUCAAUUCCAGACGGCGAAGUCAGCGUGUCGCCUGUUCCGGGCCUGGACUAUGAGGAUCUGGACCAGUACACACUGACUGUGACAGCCUACGACGGCGUUCUCACCAGUAAUCCGUACAGGAUGACAGUGGACGUCACGAACGUGAACGAACCGCCGGUUUAUUCCAGUACUUAUCGACGCAUCAACAUUCCCGAAGAAAUGCUUGUGGGUGACGCUCUACCCUUGUCUUGUGCUGCUCUGGACCCAGACAUCUGGGAUAAAGUGCUCCUGUAUCAACUGGGCAGGACAACACACAGUCAGUACUUUUCUGUGGACACGACCAACGGUUGUCAACUGAAGAUCACCAAAACCUUUGACAGCGAAACAACAGGCUCCCCCAAAACAGUCUUAUUAGAAGUAACAGCCAUCGACUCUCGUGGUUUAAUUUCUAAGCCACCUCUCCAUCUUGACAUCAACAUUCAUAAUAUAAACGACAAUUCCCCUGAGUUUUCGCCGACAAACUACGAGGUUAACCUGGUGGAAGACACCGCAGUUGGCUCAUACCUUGUCCGCGUGACGGCUCACGACAAGGAUGUCGGUGACUAUGGUAAACUCACGUACAGAAUCUCCACCUCCCCAGGGGCCUACUACUUCCGCGUAUCCACUUCCGGUGAUGUGUCCGUCCGCGCAAAACUGGACAGAGAGACCAUCCAGAAGCUGACAUUCAAAGUGGUGGCAUCGGAUCAAGGGUCCCCAGCCCGCUCUGACACGGCCACGGUCACAGUCUACGUACAGGAUAGUAACGAUCACAGACCGACAUUCCUCAAAAAGAUUUAUGACUUCGAAGCCCGUUAUGACACACAGGUGGGGACCUCUGUCGGUAGACUCAUGGCCACAGAUAGCGAUGAAGGUAAUACGCGUUUACGAUACAAACUACUGGGGAUAUCAGACGAAUUUGAGCUGAACCCAAAUUCUGGAGAAAUCCGCACCGCGUCCAGCCUGGCGGUGAAGACACGGUAUCUUCUACAAGCCGUGGUCGAAGACAACGGAUCGCCCGCCCAGACGUCCAAAGCCGUGCAUAUACGGGUAGACACGUACACCUGUAAGGAAUCCCUUGUGGUGAUGAAGGUCAACCAAGCAAUGUCGUUCUUUGAUGAUGUUGGCAAGUCCAGAUUUGUUCGAGCAUUGAAGGAUGAGGUGUUUUCUGGUUUUGUUGCCAAAAUUGAGAGAGUUCGAGUUGGAGAGAAGGCAGGCACGAGUGAAGUCUUGGUCUACUUCUUGAGAAGCAAUCGGACAGAGGAUCUCACCUCUCUCUCGGAGGACAAAUUCUUCGUACCAGUGACAGAGAUUUUGCACUCAACCAACACGGGCCAAGAUGGCCAACCUAACCUGCGAUUCAUGACUGGCUCGUUUGUGAGUUUCCCAGUCACGGACAUUGCCCAUGAAUGUGAGAUAGAGAAGGUAAACUGGUGGCUGGACACGGAUGGGGGGCGGGUGACACUGGGUAUACUGGCUACAAUCGGGGGAGUACUGGCCCUGGCGGCGUUGUCCUACCUGGCAAUGCUGGCUGUGAGUCGCUGCAAUAUCUUUGAGAACUGGCGUCAGAGUCGGGUAUCCCCUCGUACAACAACUGGCAUCAAGCACACUAAGCUACCACCUUACAAGGACGACCAGAACUGGUGGAAACUGAAACCGAAAGCCGCUUUUGAGAGCUCUUCAGCGUUAGAAGAAAAAAAUACAAAGGUCCUGCAGAGCGUCCCUUUUCUUCUAGUGGUGUUAACCUAAAGGUUUCUCGACCCAGCCGAAAUGUAACCGGUAGACCAUUACCAGGUGGAGAAACAGGCCUUGAAUUCUGAUACCAGACAACAACCAAGUCUCUGAUAUGUUUUCCCUUCGUCUGCGACUACGACAAAGAAGGAAUGAAAUGGUCUGCAGAAACACAAUGAAACCAUGAGCUUGUAGUAACUGACGUGAACAUUCUUUACAUUGUCUUGCUACCAAGAUACAGGUGAACUGUUUUGAAUGAACAUCAUCAUGUGAUGAGCUAAGAGUACAACUGACACGUGUACAUUGCACUUUGUAUUAUCAGUCUGUUGAUGCAAAUAUUCUGUUAUUUAUUCGUGAGGUACUUUUUAUAUAUAAAAUUAAAUAGUGAAGCUAUGACAAUUUUGCUAGCCUUUCAUUUGUCAGGAACAGUUCCUGAUUUGCCAAAAACGUCGUAAUUCAUUUGUUUGCUUGAUUGAAAUUGAAAGCCGCUGACACAGUCAUUUUUGUCACAUGGCAAUGGCUUUAACGACGAUAAAUGAUAAUGCUGUCCUCGCGGCUGUCCUCCCGUUUCCUCCCAGCAUAAUGUUGGCCGCCGUAGUUUAAAUAAGUAAAUAAAUCAUUAGGACAUCACACAUCACAAACUCACGCAGGGCCUACCUCUGCGUGAUUUAAUCUCUUAGAUACGAAGUUCCAAGCUAGUAAAUGCCUGGAUUGCCAUUUCAAUUCAGUCUUAGGAUGUGGAUCUUCUGACCCAAACUCGGAAUUGAACAUCGAUCUUCCGUCGACACUCUAAACCACUCCACCAUCGCGGAAACGUUUUGAACAUUAUAUACUGUCAUCGUAUUUAUUUAUUUGUUGGUGUUUAAUAUUGUAUUCAAGAAUUUUCCAUUCAAAUGAUGAAGAUCGGCUUUAUGAUUGGAGAAAACCGGAGCUCCAGGAAGAAACCUCCGCCAUUUACCAGCUACCUGACUGAUCUCCAGGCUUAAAGCCGCCAAUGUUCCAUUGCCAAGUAGCACUGGUACCUUAUCCAAAGCAGCCAUAAAAAUCCUGACAUAUAGGUUGAUGGUCAAAGUCGGGACCAUGCAGUAUUCGCGUCUCUGGUUUUACUUUCUAUGUUCUCGUCUAUAUUCGCUUAUACGCCUGCCUUCUUAUGAGUGAAAUAGGAAUGUGUUUGAUGU